AUGUCAUCUGAAAAUCAAGUGUAACUCCUAAUUCAGAUUAGAAGCUCUAUUAAGAGACAUUGAAGGCUCCAACGUAGAUCUAAUCCAAAGCGAGUAUAGCAGAGUGCUUGAUCAAUUUGGAUCUGUCAAUAUUAAAAACUGACAAGCCAUACUUAAGAAGUUAUGCACAAGUUACAGUAUUCCUUUUCAGCUCCUUAAUCUCGCUAUCAGCAAGCCGAAAGACUCAGAGUAAUUUUAAUACAGACACAUUGACAUCGAUAUUGCAUUAAGCCAAUUAGUAAUUUUUAUUAAACAAAAGCUUAUAGAAAAUAAGAAGCUGGGAAGAAACCAACCGAAAAAUGAUAAUAAAGAUAUUUAUGAAGCUUUUCCAUUUUAUACUGAAGAAUACCUAGAUGAAGCAAUUGAAAGCAAAGAAGAUGCAGCUUACAACGCACCCAUAGAAUUUCAGAAAAGGCUUGACAAAUUUGAUAAAUGGCUAAACGAAACGCUUGAAAAAGACGACCCGAUAAAUAUUUUCAGAAAUCUUUUAGUUAAUGUCAAUGUAAAUGCUGAUGAAAGUCAGAUACAAAAUUUCAUCAAAGACUAUGAAAAUUGGAAAGAAGGCAAAAACGCUGCCAAAUCCAUAUUUGGUGGAGGGUUAUUUGGUGAUGAAGAAACUGACCAAACUCAGCCUACUGAAGUUACACCUAUACGAAUUUCUUUGGCUGAAUUUAAAUCGAUUGCAAAUAACUGGUUUUUGAAUAAUAACCCUGAGUUAAUACCACAAAAUUCAGCCAGUCCGAUACAACAGAAUAAAAAAAAAUUAGACCAGAAAGAUCAUUUAAAUCUUAUGAACUUUGGUAGCUCUCCAAGAUUAGCCAUAAAAUCAUCUGAAAUGAGCGUUGUGUCUAAAUCCAGCCCCUCACCAUUUGGUGGAAGUGUUCAAACUUUUGGGGCUACAGGAGAUUCGCAAUUUCCUUACGCAGAGUUUGAUGAGUUCCAAAUUAAACUUCAGAAAACAAUUUCUGAUUAUGAGCAAAUAAAAUAUGAAAAAACACAAAAUAAUGAGGAUACAUCAAUAAUUGAGACUUUACUUAAAAGCCUUAAAACUCAGCUUAAGAAGUCCCAAGAAAAAUACCCUAGAAAAAGAAUUUCUAAAGAAAAGCCUCUUAUUGAGAGAUUUAAAUCUGGGAUUCACGAAGUAUUUAAUUUUUAUGCUUGCCAACAGAAUCUUCUGGGCCUCCACCAAAACUUUGAACUAAUUAAAAAGAACUCAGAAACCCUUAAUCUAGGCAAAUUCACAAUAUUUUGCAAGGAUUUCUCAAUUCUAGACAUUUCGAAAAAUCCUAACAAAAAAUCCCUCCCUAAAAAAGCAAUUAAACAAAUUUUCAUUAAAAAUGCAAUAAACCAUCGAGAGAUGAACGAAGAAGUUUUUAUAAAAGUUUUAGACUCAAUGGCCUUGCUCUUUUUAGAUGCAGAAUAUGAUUCUAUUAAUGGAACUGAUUUCAAAGACCAGGAACCUGCUGAUAAAAAAUAUAAAUUUUAUGAAAUUUUAGGAUUUCAUGAUCCACAAAUUUACCUUAAAAAAUGCAAAGGAUUUUCGCAGCCUUUUGGCCCUGACUUGUUAACGAGGAUCCCUGCAGACGAUAUCGCCAAUAAAUUUGAUUUAAAGAAAAAGCAAAAACUAAAGCAGAGUGUACAGGAGUGGAAAAAAACAAAACAAAGUGAGCAGGAUAAUAAACAGAGAAAAAGCUCCACCCAUGUGAUAGCUCAUAGUGUUCCUUCAGAUGCAAUAAUUUUUGCUAGAAAAGUGGUCCCUAGCCCACCAGAAACUUAUAAAGCCAAAAUGGCAAGAAAAAACUCAGACCCUAUAACAUGAAAAGGGUUAGGAAAUAUGCAGCCAAAUGAGCUGGUGGGGGAAGAAGAAUUUAAAUAUGAAAAUUUAAUAAUUGAAGACGAUAGCAGUACUGAUGAGUAUUUAAAAAAAGAGUACCCAUUAGAAAACACCCCAUCACAAGCUAUUUUCGAAACUAUGGACUCAGACAAAAAGGAAACAAAUAUAUCCCCAAGCAGUUUGCUGAAGCCUCAAAACAAAAUUUCUAAUAAAACCUUAAAAAGAGCUGGAGAGUUAUCAGAAGUUUCUAACUCUCCCCCCAUCCUUGAUCGAACGAUUGACUGUAAAAAUUCCUAAAAAUUGGGAAAUUAACCCCCCAUCCUUGAUCGAACGAUUUUCAUAUCAUGCAAAUUUUUUAUAUAUAAAAAUAUAUUAGUCAUCAAGAGCUUGGGAAGAUGUACCUAAUGAAGUUUUUUUCAGAGCUUUGAGACGACAGAAAGCUGCGGAAUCAACAAUCCGAAGUGAUUUAGUUAUCAACCUAGGCUUUAAAAAAUCAAUAAUCUAAAAAAUAGAGAUUCUUUAAAAUUAAAAAAAAAAAAAAAAUUUAAUUCAAUAAGGAACAAAUUAAAAUUUUAUAAGUUUAAAAGGGUAACUAAUAAAUCAAAAUAUUAAAAAUUGGUAUUUUUAUGAAAUUAAUUCAAUUUUUUACUGGAAAAAUAAUUAUUAAAUACUCUUAACCCUCUUAUUUAAAAGUAAAUAAAAACAAUAUAUGUGUAUAUUUUUUAUUUUAUAUAUAAUUUUUUUUUAAACCCCCAUCCUUGAUCGAACGAUGGGGAGUCGUUCGAUCAAGGAUGGGGGGGAGUAAGCGGAAUGAAGAAAAAAUAAUUCAAAAAGGGCUAAAACUGUCAAAUGCCAGGAUGGAAAGACUUAAUAAAUAUGCAACUAAAUUUAAAAAGUUGUAA